AUGGAUGCAGCAUUAUCGUGUUACAUUAUUGUACAGUUGUCGUACAUAUUGUCGGCAAAUGCGGAGGUAUUUCUUGUUUCAAAUGGUCUUAAUAGAAGAAAUGCCAAAAGUCUUGGAAAAUUCCGUAAACACAGUAACAAAUACUUGAACGUGUCAGAAAAGCUAACAUUGAUUGUGGAAAGACCAGGCGCGUGUGUUUUGGCGUGUCUGCGGAAUGAGUCUUGCUUUUCGCUGAACCUCGCGAACACACCUGACGGCAGGUCCAAGUUGUUGUGCGAAGUGCUAUCUACCGACAUCUAUAACUCGUCCACUAAAGUACAGAAUAACACCAGUUGGACCCAUUAUAGUAUUGAUACCCAGUGUUUCUUCCGACCUUGCCAGAAUAACGGCAGCUGCCAAGCAAGUUACAAUGACGACAACUUCACGUGCGCCUGUCGUCCUGGGUACACAGGAAGACAUUGUGAAGAGCCGCCAGGUUUGUCAUGCAAAAAUAUUCUAGACCAAGGAAGGAGCCGCGGAAGUGGGAAGUACUUCAUCGACCCGGAAAACACAGGAUCCGUAUUUCCUGUAUAUUGCGACAUGGUGGACGAAGAAGGAGGGUGGAUGAUGACGUUGAACUUGACAUUUGAAGCUACACGGACUACAUUCACGCCCGAGGGAUCUUUUCGCUCAAUGGCAAAGUUCGAAGAGGGAUACAUGGGUAAGACAAUUCAUCUCGAAUAA